ACCUGUUCAGACCUCUUUUGACCGAUUUAUGCGCCAGAUGGCUUCACGAUGAUGACGAUAUCGAAGACAGGUUCAUCGCGUUUCAUCUCAUUGAGCUUCAUGAGGAGCUAUAUCCGUGCGCUUUCUUAUCGCACUUGUGUCAUUCGUCUCACGUCUGGUUGUAGAUGCUCAUACGCUUUCUUGCAAAAACCAUGUCUAUCCAAGGGACAACCUGCUUUCAUAGCUGCGGCUCCUGCUGUUGCUGAAAUUGGAUCAUUCGUCUGCACCGCAUGUUGCUUGCGUAUUAUCGCCUUCUCCGUGCCAAUCGUCUCAUUCCCGGCAAGCAUCUGCUAUGGGACGGGUCGCUAUUAUCCAAAUCACUCUUCCCGCCCCACCCUAAUACAGGCGUACGAUUACUUGCUGCUCAGUGGCAUGCAUCGCAUGUUAGUAUGGCAGAAAUUAAGCGCGUCGGUGAUAAAGGUGCUGUGAUGAAUGUUGCAGAGUUCGCAGAUGGCUCAAACAAGGAGCCACAUUACAGUAUACGCACCUUGAUGAGAGCCUUGACGUUUGCUGCAGAUAUUGCAGGGCCGUUCGGGUUGCGACGGGCGCUUUGGGAAGGGAUGUUGAUGGCAUUCACUAUGGUGUUAAACGGGGGAAGCGCAGAAACUGGAUACUUCGGCUCAUACAUUUCUGACCCUGCCACUGGCAAGCUCGUAUUCAAAGAUGGCUUGCUUGUCCAUGCUCUCCGACAUGGACAUUGGAUUGUACUUGACGAGCUGAACUUGGCACCUACAGACAUGUUGGAAGCUCUUAAUCGGCUACUAGAUGACAACCGGGAGCUCAUCGUUCCGGAGACACAAGAGGUCGUCCACACUUCAUGCUAUUCGCAACGCAGAAUCCUCCUGGCCUAUAUGCAGGGAGGAAGGUUUUGUCCCAUGCCUUCCGACAUCGUUCACUUCCAGGAUGCGCCUCAAGCGGAGCUUGAAACCAUUCUCUGCCAGCGUUGCUGUAUCGCGCCUUCCUACGGCCAGAAAAUCUUCAGCGUGUUCUGUGAAUUAUAG